AAAGCAAAUGACUGAAGUCCCUUCAACGCCCGCCAGUCCCCGACAGCUUCAUACACAGAGCCGAAGCUCUUUACUGAAACGGAACAGCUGAGGUUUUCCACUGGUGGGGGUGUUUCUGGGGGACGUUUUGGUUUUUUCCUUCUGCAGAGGAAAGAGGCUGAUGCUGUUCUUCAUUCACUGGGAACAUACUGCGUGAGGAUCCAUCUCUCAGCCUUCCAGCUGCUGCUGAUCUGCUCACAGCCGGGAGUUUAAACCUGGACACACCUGAGCUCCCCCUGGUGGCGGCUGUUGUUAAACCAACCAGUGUUCAGAUUAAACCAUGAAGGUCCUCCUCCUGCUGUGCCUUCUGACGCUAGGCCACACCAAACCCCACCAGACGGUGAACGUCAUGGAACUUAUGAAAAACAACAACAUCAUGAUGGCAGACUGGGGUGAUGAUGAUGAUGAUGAUGAUGAUGACGACGAUGAUGAUUAUGAUGAUGAGGACUGCCCAGCUAAUUGCCGCUGUGCACCUGGAGUGGUGCAGUGCUCCGAUCGGGGUUUAAUUUCUGUUCCUGAGAAGAUUCCUGAAGACACGGUGAUGAUUGACCUGCAGAACAACGACAUCACUGAAAUCAAGGAGGACGACUUUAAAGGCCUCAACAGGCUUUAUGGUCUGUUUCUGAUCAACAACAAGAUCUCCAAGAUUCACCCCAAAGCCUUCAGAAACAUGGACCAUCUCAGGCUGCUGUAUCUGUCCUACAACCAGCUGACUGAGAUCCCGGCCAACCUGCCUCCCAACGUCAUCGAGCUGCGCUUCCAUGAGAACAACAUCAACAGAAUCCAGAAGGAGGCAUUUAAAGGCCUGAGGAAGCUGCAUGUGUUGGAGCUGGGAGCCAACCCUCUGGCCAACAGUGGGAUCGAGCUGGAAGCCUUCAGUGGUCUGUCCACGCUGUACAUCGGCAUAGCAGAGGCCAAACUAACAGCUGUACCUAAAGACCUCCCAUCUUCAAUCACAGAGCUGAGUCUGGACUACAACAAGAUUUCCAAGGUGGAGGUGGAAGACUUCAGGAGAUAUAAAAACCUGCAGAGGUUAGGACUGGGCUUUAACCAGAUCCGGUCUGUGGAAAACGGCAGCCUGGCUAGCAUCCCAAACAUCAAGGAGAUCCAUCUGGACCACAACCGUCUGAAAAAGGUCCCACCGGGCCUGGCCUCCCUGCGCUAUCUCCAGGUGAUUUUUCUUCAUCACAACAAAAUCAACAAUGUGGGAUUCAACGACUUCUGUCCCAGAUCUCCCAGCGAGAAGAAGAACCCGUACACCGCCAUCAGCCUGUUUGCCAACCCCGUUAAAUACUGGAGCAUACAGCCGGCCACCUUCCGCUGCGUGGCCAGCCGGCGGGGCAUCCAGUUCGGAAACUUCAGGAGGAAGUAGAGCAAGAAGGCAGCGGCUCAGAAACAGACCCAACAUCCUCAUUACAGAAGGAGAUGAAAUAAAUCCCUGUAGGCAGAAAACUGUAAGGAAUUAGAUUCAUUUUUCAUUAUAUUGGUGUAUAUUAGAAACUGCAGGAGAGGCUGUUGAUUCUGGUUUAUUCUCUGAUAAAUGUUGACUCUUCGGUCAUAAGCUAACAGCAGGGAGUGUUUACUGUAACUACAGGAAAUAAUCUACGGUAUAUAAUAGCAUCAGAACUUUCAGGGGGUUCCGACCAUAUUUGUCUUUUUGUUAAAACCACUCUGACUUUUAUUAUGUGCUUUAAAUAAAGAUGCUUUUAGCUCUUUUCAUUCUGGUUUGGAUGGGAUCCAGCUGAAACAUCUUUUGUUGAACAAUUGUUUAUGUCAGGAUUUCCACAGAAGCCUAAAACUGUAACAUUUGAGGUGUUUAAAUAUUGCUUUUCCCUCCUGAAAAACGCUGGAGUGUAAACUCUGUAAUGUUUUACUGCUCUGAACGCAUCUCUGAUUGGAUGUUGUAUGUAAUCUCACUGCAUGCUUGUGUUGUCUGUAUCUAGAGGCUGAAGUCAGUUCGGAUCAGAGUCCUCCGCAGGGCUGAGGACAAUGAUCCACAAAAGCUCAGUUUGUAUCAUCCAGAUAGUUUCUGAAUCCCGAACAGGGAAUGUAAUUCCCAACCUGGAACGUCAGAGCAUCUUCUGUUUAAACAUGUCUCCUCUAAAAUGGUGCUAUAUUUAUUGGGGAUGUCUUUAAUAAACCCAAAAACACCUCAAA